AUGAUUGAAGAAUCUUGGGAUGAUGAUGAAACACCUAAACCAUCAUUUCAACAGCAACCAACAGUAGAAAAAUUAGGUAUUGGACGUGGUAAAUUACCAUUUCCAGCAAAUAAUAUUGAAUCAGCACCAGUUUCUAAAUGGAAUAGUGAUGCUGGUGGUUCAAGUACUUCAGUAGUUUUAAUAAUUUUCGCAAUAAUAACAAUGAAAAUAAAUCAAAAUAAUAAUGAUACAAAGCCAACAUUUACUGGAUGGCGAGGUAGUGCAGCAGCAAAUAAUAAUAAUGAUUCUGAUGAUACUGUUAAACGUACAACAUUUGGUAAUUCAAAUACACGUGGUAGUUUUACAAAUAGUGCUGGUGGAUUUCGAGGUGGUCGAGGAGGAUCUAGUGCAGGUGGUGGCGAUCGAGGAGGAUCUGGCGCAGGUGAUCGAGAAAAUCGGAAUAGUGGAAGCGGUGGUGUUAAUCCUUUUUUUGGUAGUGGACGAAAACCUGAAAAAGUAUCUGCUGAUAUUUUCGAUCAACGUAAUGGUCGUGCUGAUGCACAACCAGUGAAACGAUAUGUUCCACCACCUCUACCAACAAGUGAAGCUGAUAUAUUUGGUAAAGCAGUUAGUAAAGGUGAAAAUUUUGAUAAAGUAAAACCUAUUGAAUUAUAUGAAAAAGCGAAUUUUGGUACACAAAUUUUAUCAAAUAUUUGUCGUGUUCAUUUUGAUGAACCAACAACUAUUCAACGGUAUGCAAUACCUUGUAUUCGACAAUAA